AUGCUUACCUUGCUGACCGUGAUCGCUGUGAUCGUCGCCCUCUUUUGGGCUUUCUUCAAGUCACUACCUUGGAUUCUCCAGCAGUUCGCUGGAAUAACAUUCGACUUCAAGUUUGAUGGAUGGAACUGCUUGAAAGAUGUUGUAUUGCAUUUCAAAAAGGGUGCUAUUGAGUCUAUAUCCGUUGGAGAAUUUAAAGCAAACCUAAGUCAAUCUCUAGUUGAACUUUGUGCAACGGCUUUUAUCCAAGACCCUAAAGUAAUAUUCUCUAUAUGUGACCUCAAAGUUGUCACUAGACCACCCUCCAAAUCCAGUAAAGGCCCUCGUAAACCCAAAACUCGCAAGUCUGGCUCUGGUGGUGGUGGCAAGGGGAAGAAGUUGAUGCUACUCGCUAAUAUCGGUAGAUUCUUUUCGGUUUCUUUGACAAAUAUCAUUGUUCAGACACCUAAAGCAAGAGCAGAGAUCAAGGAGAUUGAGCUUGAUUUAUCCAAGGACAGAGGAUCAGCAAACUUUUUCAUCAAACUGUACCUCUUGCCCAUAUCUGUACAGAUUGGUGAACCAAAUGUUAUUCCCACUCAUUCACCUGACAUGAACAGUGACGUGUCCCUUGUUAAGCAAACAUCAGAGGGCUCUUCUUCGCCUUCUAUUCAUUGUGAAAAAGUUUCCUUCUCCUGCGAAUUUGGUCAUAAUAGCAGACAAUCAAGUUCAAGUAUAAAGAACGUCGAAGUAGAUAUAUCUGAUACUAUUUUAAACCUAAAUGACAUGAUGUUGACGAAAAGAAAAGCCCCAAUAAGUGAUACUUCCACUGGUGAAGUUAUUGGAUCAAGUUCUAGUCAUACAGCUUCAGAAAAACCUCCAAAGCAACCACUGAAUGUUUUGGUUGCAAAGCAUGCUCCACAAUUCCCUGAGAAAGUAUCAUUUGGUUUGUCAAAUCUUGAUAUCAGAUUUGUGCAUCAAGAACAUGAUUUUUAUAUCGCGAAUAGCGUUAAAGGGCUUCAGUUGAAAAGUACCAAAUCUCAAUCAAGUGGAAAGGGAAAGGAAGAACCAUGUCUUGAUAUUGUCAUGGAGCUGAGGGAGAUGCAUCUUAUUAGAGAAUCUGAAGUUUCUGUCUUGGAGAUGUCAAAACUUAAAGUUUCCUCCAAGGUGUACUGUCCAGUGCAAGAAUCUUCCCCUGUUAAAGCUGAGGUUGAGAUUAAGCUGGGAGGUAUAAUGUGCAACGUUAUAAUGGCAAGAUUCGAGCCGUUGUUGCGUUUGCACUUCUCUAAAAAGAAGAAGAUAGUUCUCAAAGAAGAGAAACCUACCAUUGCAAAACCAGAAUCUAGUGGUGUUAAGGCUGUUGUAUGGAAGUGUGUCACUUCAAUCCCUGAUGUGAAGAUUGUGAUUUAUAAUCCUGAAAGCUCUCCCAUCUACCAACUCUCCUCAGAUUCAUUAUUGGUCACUGCAAGUAAUAUGUCAAGUAGAGGAACAUGUGUGCAAAUGGAUCUUAAUGAACUGAGUCUAUGCAUGGUAGAUGAACAAGGAGUGUGUCUGAAAGAAAGUCUCUUUGGUUUAGAGUCAUCUUCAGGUUCAUUAAUCAAUAUAAGAAAAGUCAGACUAGAAAGUGGCAAGAAAGAGGAGGCUGAUGCUUCCAAAGGUAAACAGACAAUGAUGGUCAAUGUGUCUGAAAUCUCUCUGUUGUUUUCUUACAAGAGCAUUGAAACGCUUGUCGUAAACGCAAUGUCGAUUCAAGCUUUCAUCAAACGUUUAACCGGUGCUAAGAACACGCAAGACAAAAGUGCAGCACAUAAACCAAAGAAGCCAUCAUCUGGAAAAGGAACUCAACUCAUGAAACUCAAUGUUGAACGUUUCUCAUUGAACUUCUCUGGAGAUUCAAACAUGGACAGUACAGUCAUUGAAGAUCCUAAACGUGUCAACUACGGAUCUCAAGGUGGGAGAGUUGUGAUCAGCGUUUCAGCUGAUGGAACGCCAAGAACUGCUACCGUUAGCUCUACUUUGUCAAAGGAACAUGAGAAGUUAAAGUACUUAAUAUCAUUUGAGUUACUCAAGUUCGGUUUUACACUAAACAAAGAGAUUCAGUCUACACAGGUCGAACUCGAGAACGCGAAGUCAGUCUACCAGGAGUUCUUGGAGGAGCCUCAUCCAGUUUCAAGAGUCACACUCUGUGACAUACAAAACGCUAAGUUUGUGCGUCGUAACGGCGGUGUUAAAGAAGUUGCAAUAUGUUCUCUCUUUAGUGCUGCUAAUAUUGUGGUUAGAUGGGAGCCUGAUUUGCACAUAUCAAUGGUUGAGCUUGGUCUGCGUUUGAAGUCUCUCGUCUUAACUCAGAAACUUAAGCAACAAGGCACCAAAGAAGAACCAACUACUACUACUACUACAAGUUCGAGUUCUGUUGAUAAGCCAAAGAAGAAGGAAGCUAUAUUUGCUGUUGACAUAGAGAUGCUACACAUAUCUGCUGAGGCAGGGGAUGGUGUUGACGCUGAGGUGCAGAUUCAGUCCAUCUUCUCUGAGAAUGUGCGUAUUGGUGUGCUCUUGGAAGGGCUUAUGCUAGGUUUCUGUGGAUGUAGGAUAUUCAAAAGUAGUAGGGUGCAGAUAUCACGGAUACCUUCAAACGUUACAGGAGCUCCAUGGGAUUGGGUGGUUCAAGGACUUGACAUGCGUAUAUGUAUGCCCUUCAGGCUACAGCUCCGUGCUAUUGAUGAUGCUGUUGAAGAGAUGCUUAGGGCUUUGAAGCUUGUGACCAACGCAAAGAAAACACUCAUGUUUCCUGUCAAAAAGGAAAGCUCCACCACAACAUCAAGCAAGAAACCUGGUUCGAAGAAGUUUGGUCGUGUGAGAUUUGGGAUCAGGAAGUUGGGAUUUGAGAUUGAGGAAGAGCCGCUUCAAGGUUGGCUUGAUGAGCAUUAUCAUUUAAUGAGGAAAGAAGCUUGUGAGUUAGCCGUGAGGUGCAAGUUUCUUGAUGAAUUGAUUGCUAGUGGGAACCAGGUUGCUAAAGCUGAGGGAGAUGAGUCAUCAGAGACUGGUAAUGAGAAGAAGAUUUGUUUUGAAGGAGAAGAAGUAGACUUGCAAGAUCCUGUGGUUGUGAGUAGGUUGAAAGAAAAGUUAUAUAAGCAAUCGUUUGAGUCAUAUUACAAGUCUUGUCAGAGCUUGAAAGCUGCAGAGGGUUCAGGUGCUUGUAAAGAAGGGUUUCAAGCUGGUUUUAAGAUGAGUACUUCAAGGAAAUCUCUUCUCUCUGUCUCUGUUACUGAUUUGGAUUUAAGUUUAACUGCUAUUAAUGGUGGUGAUGAUGGGAUGAUUGAAAUUGUUAGGAAUCUUGAUCCUAUAAGUCAAGAAAAGGACAUACCGUUUUCAAGGCUUUAUGGAAGCAAUCUUGUGUUGAAAGCUGGAACUCUUGUUGUUCAGAUAAGAGACUAUACAUUUCCACUUCUCUCAACAGCUUUGGGUAAAUGUGAAGGCCGUCUUGUGCUGGCUCAGCAGGCAACAGCUUUUCAGCCUCAAGUACUCCAUGAAGUGUUCAUAGGAAGAUGGAGAAAGGUGCUGAUGCUUCGUUCAGCUGGUGGAACAACACCUGGAAUGAAAACAUACUUGGAUUUACCGUUACAUUUCGAGAAAGGAGAGGUCUCUUUUGGAGUUGGAUAUGAGCCAGUGCUUACUGAUCUAAGCUAUUCCUUCACUGUGGCUCUCCGUAGAGCUAAUCUGAGUCUCAAGGGUCCUGGCCUUAUCAUGCCUCCCAAAAAGGAGAAGAGUUUACCAUGGUGGGAUGAGAUGAGAAACUACAUCCAUGGAAACACAACCUUGUCAUUUUCAAAGACAAAGUGGGCUAUUCUUGCUUCUCCUGACCCUUAUGAGAAGCAUGACAAGCUUGAGAUGACCUCUGCAGCCGUGGAGAUCCAGCAAUCAGAUGGACGUAUACACUUCUCUGCUGAAGAAAUGAAAAUUUACAUGACUAGUUUCGAAAGUUUAGCUAGACAUUACCCUAACGCACCGCCUUGUCCAGCAAGUUACCCUUUCCUCGAGGCUCCACGGUUCAGUCUUGAAGUCAGGAUGGACUGGGAAUGCGAGUCUGGAAGUCCAAUGAAUCAUUAUCUCUAUGCAUUACCUGUUGAAGGCAAGGCUCGUGAGUUUAUCUAUGAUCCUUUUAGGUCUACUUCACUCUCUCUACGCUUUGACUUCACUUUAAGACCUGAGAGACAUAACUUGUCUAAGAAGUCAUCUAUUCCCCCACCUACGUUGAACGUUGGUGCUCAUGAUAUGGCGUGGCUGAUAAGAUUCUGGAACAUGAACUAUCUCCCUCCUCUCAAGAUCCGGACAUUCUCUAGAUGGCCACGUUUUGGUGUUCCAAGAAUCCCAAGAUCAGGGAACUUGUCUAUGGACAGAGUGAUGACAGAGUUUAUGCUCCGUGCAGAUGUUUCACCAAUAUGUAUAAAUCACAAGACACUUGAUCCUGAAAACCCUGCAAGAGGCUUGACCUUUAACAUGUCCAAGUUUAAAUAUGAAAUGUGCUUGAGCCGUGGCAACCAAGUUUUCACUUUUGAUUGCGUGCGUCAGACUCUUGACCCUGUUUACCAAGGAGUAGACCUACAUGUACCUAAGGCCUUUAUCAAAAAGGAUCAUGAGGCAGUUAAGAUGACAAGGACAAGCUCACAAUCUGGAUCAAGUGGUAAAGCUAGUGAUGGCCCUGAGAAGCAUCCUGAUGAAGGGUUUCUAUUUUCGUCAGACUACUUUACUAUAAGGAGGCAAGCUCCUAAGGCUGACCCUGAGAGAAUGAUGGUGUGGAAAGAGGAAGGGAAGGUAUACCGUGAGAAAGUUGAUGCUAAACCUACUAAUGAUAAAGAUAGUGAUAGUGAUCAGGAGAAUUCACAUUCUGAUCCGAGUGAUGAUGAUGGGUUUAAUGUUGUGAUAGCAGACAACUGUCAACGUAUCUUUGUUUAUGGUCUGAAACUAUUGAUGAACAUAGAGAACAGAGAUGCUGUUUUGGCUUUUGUUGGUGGGAUGUCCAAAGCAUUUCAACCUCCUAAGCCUUCACCUUCACGUCAGUAUGCACAGAGAAAGUUACUUGAGGGUAAUCAGAAGAGCUCUGAGGUAGAAGUUCCUCAAGAUGAAACUCCCACUUCCCAAACUAAGGAGCCUGUGGAAGUUGUUUCGUCUCCUUCAAAAGAACCAAUCAAAACAGAGAACUUUGCAUCUUUCCCACUUGAAGCUACAAGUGGUUCAGAGGAAGAAGGAACUCGCCAUUUUAUGGUGAAUGUUAUUGAGCCACAGUUCAAUCUCCAUUCAGAAGAUGUGAAUGGUAGGUUUUUGCUGGCUGCUGCUAGUGGUCGUGUGUUGGCACGAUCAUUUCACUCGGUUGUUCAUCUUGGGUAUGAAAUGAUUGAGAAGGCGGUUCAAAAUGAGAAUGAACCUGAGAAUAAAACACCUGAAAAUGAUGGCACUGACAUGACAUGGACACGUCAUGAAGUGUCCAUGAUGUUGGAGCAUGUACAAGCUCAUGUGGCACCUACAGAUGUUGAUCCAGGAGCUGGAGUUCAAUGGCUACCAAAGAUUAGAAAAAGCUCUCCCAAGGCAAAGCGCACUGGCGCACUGUUAGAAAGAGUUUUCAUGCCUUGUGACAUGUACUUUCAGUACACUAGACACAAAGGUGUUAGUCCUGACCUAAAGGUGAAGCCACUGAAAGAGCUUACUUUCAACUCACGUAAUAUUACAGCAUCAAUGACAUCACGUCAGUUUCAAGUUAUGUUGGAUGUUUUGUCCAAUCUUUUGUUUGCAAGGUUACCAAAGCCUCAGAAUGAUAGUUUGAAACUUUCUGGUGAAGAAGAAGAUGAAGUUGAAGAGGAAAUCGAUGAGGUGGUUCCUGAUGGAGUUGAGGAAGUAGAACUUGCGAAAAUCGAACUUGAACAUAAAGAGAGGGACAAGAUGUUGCUUCUUGGUGAUAUAAGGAAGUUGACGCAGAAUGAAAGUAACUCAGGAAAGAUAAAUCUUGAAAAGGAAAGUGAUUUCUUGUGGAUGAUCACUUGUGGGAAGCCAAUACUGGUGGAGAGACUUAGGAACACGUAUGUAGAUGUGAGACAGUGUAGGAAGGCAGCGUAUACAGCACUACGUGUAUCAGUGAAGAAUGCUGCAGAGAUAAGGUUGCUGGAGAAAGACAAGAACAAAAGACCAUCCUCUGCUAUGCGCAUUUCUUUGCAGAUAAGCAAAGUUGUUUGGUCUAUGGUUUUAGAUGGCAAAACAUUCUCUGAGGUUGAAAUAGACAAUAUGAUUUAUGAUUUUAACCGGGACUUGAGAGAUAUAGGGAUUGCACAGUUCACAACAAGAUACUUUGUCCUGAGAAACUGUUUGCCUAAUGCAAAGUGUGAUACUGUUCUUUCUGCAUGGAACCCUCCUCCAGAAUGGGGCCAGAAAGUGAUGCUACAGGUAGAUGCAAGACAAGGACUCCCAAAAGAUGGACAAGCUUUUUAUGAACUAUUCAAGGUGGAAAUAUAUCCUCUAAAAAUCCAUUUGACAGAAGCAAUGUACACAAUGAUGUGGGAGUAUAUCUUCCCAGGAGAGGAGCAACAUUCCCAUAGAAGAGAGGAAGUCUGGAAGGUGUCAACAACGGCAGGUUCAAGGAGAGUCAGGAAAGGUUCGUUUGCUCAAGAAGCAGCAGCGUUGCUCUCUACAGCUGAUCUAGGCCAGAGUUCAAAGAAUCAAAAGUCAAGAUCGAUCCGUAGCUCAGGGUCAGAACUGAGAAGAACAUCUUCUUUCGACAGAACAUGGGAGGAAACUGUAGCUGAAUCUGUAGCUAAUGAGCUUGUUCUACAGUCCAUGGAACAUCAGGGUGAAUCUUCAAAAAACAAGCUCAAGGAUUCAAAAACUUCCAAGGCUGGUCGCUCGGUUCAUGAAGAGAAGAAGACGUUGGAAGACAAGAAAGCGAGGCCUCAGAAGAUAAUGCAGUUUCAAACCAUCAAGAUUAGUCAGGUGGAGUUGUUGAUCACUUAUGAGGGUUCAAGAUUUGUUGUGAACGAUAUGAAGCUGUUGAUGGACACUUUCCAUAGGGACGAGUUCAGUGGAACAUGGAGGAGACUAUUCUCUCGUGUUAAGAAGCAUAUCAUUUGGGGUGUCCUCAAGUCAGUAACCGGAAUGCAAAUGAAGAAGUUCAAAGACAAGACAACACAUGUUCCAAAAGAGGAGAUUGGGUUGAGAGACAAAGACGAGUCAGGGAAGUCAGAUCAAGAUCCAGGGGCAUUGGCAAAGCGUCCUGGUGACAACGCUGGUGAUGGGUUUGUCACAUCUAUUAGAGGUAUCUUCAAUACUCAAAGGCGAAAGGCGAAGAAGUUUGUGCUUAGAACAAUGAGAGGAGAAGAAGAAGAAAGCUUCCCAGGGGAGUGGAGUGACAAUGAAUCAGACUUCUCUCCUUUUGCUAGACAAUUGACUAUUACUAAAGCUAAGAAACUCAUCAGGCGUCACUCUAAGAAGUUCCAAAACCAAACCACUACUAAAGGUUCUCAGAAGCUUCAGCUCUCGCCUACUCUGUCUCCUAAGGAAGAAGAACGAUAUGAAAGUGACUCUUCUAGUGGAUCUUCUGCUUAUGAAGAGUUCCUUGACCAGAAUCCGAUAUUAACAACAUAGAAUUCAAAAUUUUGUUUUUUUCCCCAGAAGAAUUCAGAUUUGAGUUUUUUUUUUUUAUAAAUAAAUUUGUAUAGAGUUGCAGAUUAUUUAUCUCAUCUAUCACUGUUACACUC